UUUCAGCCCGCUGAUCAACGUGCUGAGCUAAUAGCCGCAGAUAGAGGGCAUGCAGAUCCCCGCUAGCAGCUUGGAGUUAGUUUCUUCUUGUACCUGAGGCAGUUGGCAUGCUCCUCCAAACAUGGAGAGGGAGGCUGGGGCGCCUCCUCGGGUAAUACGUUAAGGGAUUCUGUUUUAUUAUGUUUUAUUCAUCUCCAGUAACACUUUGUAUGUGUGUGUGAUGAGGAACCAGCGUGGAUAUUAAUGCUUCAUCAGAAACAGGAGCAUAAUUUGUGAAUGAAUCAUCUUGAGAGUAGUGAGGGAGCCAACGCUGGUGGUUUGUAAAAGGAUGUGCCGGAGCGAUCUUGGCACCGGGAGUUACUGCAUGAGCUCACCUCGACUGAAGAGGAAACUUUAAAUGGCAAAUCAGUCUUGAGUGAAAUUUGACAGAAGAUGUUCCCACAGUGGGCUCUAUGGAAGUGUUUAUCCCAUGGGAUCAUCAUUGCUUCGCUCUUGACAGUCAGCUGGGGCCAGUACGAUGAUGAUUGCAAACUAGCUAGGGGAGGCCCACCAGCUACCAUCGUGGCCAUUGAUGAAGAGAGCCGGAAUGGUACAAUUCUGGUGGACAACAUGCUGAUUAAGGGGACUGCUGGAGGACCAGACCCCACCAUAGAGCUCUCUUUAAAGGACAACGUGGACUACUGGGUGUUGUUGGACCCUGUUAAACAGAUGCUUUUCCUGAACAGUACCGGAAGAGUUCUGGACAGAGACCCACCAAUGAACAUACACUCCAUCGUGGUGCAAGUCCAGUGUGUCAACAAGAAGGUUGGCACAGUUAUCUAUCACGAAGUACGCAUUGUGGUGCGGGACAGGAAUGACAACUCACCCACCUUCAAGCACGAAAGCUACUACGCCACAGUGAACGAGCUCACUCCAGUUGGCACCACAAUAUUCACGGGGUUUUCAGGAGACAAUGGAGCUACAGACAUCGAUGAUGGCCCAAAUGGACAGAUAGAGUAUGUCAUUCAGUACAACCCAGAAGAUCCGACAUCCAACGACACCUUUGAAAUCCCACUCAUGCUAACCGGAAAUGUGGUGCUGAGGAAACGACUCAACUAUGAGGACAAGACUCGCUACUACGUCAUCAUCCAAGCUAACGACCGUGCCCAGAAUCUGAAUGAGAGGCGAACAACCACCACUACCCUCACGGUGGACAUUCUAGAUGGAGAUGACCUAGGACCAAUGUUUCUGCCCUGUGUCCUUGUGCCAAACACCCGUGACUGCCGUCCACUCACCUACCAAGCUGCCAUUCCUGAACUGAGGACUCCGGAAGAACUGAACCCCAUUUUGGUGACUCCACCUAUCCAAGCCAUUGAUCAGGACCGAAACAUCCAGCCGCCAUCAGAUCGACCCGGCAUCCUCUACUCCAUCCUUGUCGGCACCCCUGAGGACUACCCCCGCUUCUUCCACAUGCAUCCCAGGACUGCGGAGCUCACUCUUCUGGAGCCAGUCAACAGAGACUUCCACCAGAAAUUUGAUUUGGUUAUUAAGGCUGAGCAGGACAACGGCCACCCGCUUCCCGCCUUUGCUAGUCUACAUAUCGAAAUACUGGAUGAAAACAAUCAGAGCCCGUAUUUCACAAUGCCCAGCUAUCAAGGGUACAUCCUGGAAUCUGCACCAGUGGGCGCCACCAUUUCUGAGAGCGUAAACCUAACCACUCCUCUGAGAAUUGUAGCUCUGGACAAAGACAUAGAAGACACAAAAGAUCCAGAACUCCACCUUUUCCUGAACGAUUAUACCUCAGUCUUCACUGUUACCCCCACCGGCAUCACCCGCUACCUGACCCUCCUUCAGCCUGUGGACAGGGAAGAACAGCAAACAUAUACCUUUCUGAUAACAGCAUUUGAUGGUGUACAAGAAAGUGAACCAGUUGUGGUCAAUAUCCGAGUGAUGGACGCAAAUGAUAACACACCAACCUUCCCCGAAAUCUCCUAUGACGUCUAUGUUUACACAGACAUGCGUCCUGGGGACAGUGUCAUUCAGCUGACGGCAGUAGACGCUGAUGAAGGCUCUAAUGGGGAGAUCUCUUAUGAAAUCCUGGUGGGCGCCCAGGGAGACUUCGUCAUCAACAGGACCACGGGGCUGGUGAGCAUUGCACCAGGAGUGGAGCUGAUUGUGGGACAGACAUACGCACUGACAGUGCAGGCUUCGGACAACGCCCCGCCUGCAGAGAGAAGGCACUCCAUCUGCACGGUGUACAUCGAGGUUCUACCUCCCAACAACCAGAGCCCUCCCCGCUUCCCGCAGCUGAUGUACAGCCUGGAAGUCAGCGAAGCCAUGAGGAUCGGCGCUGUUUUAUUAAAUCUACAGGCAACUGAUCGAGAGGGAGACCCAAUCACAUAUGCCAUCGAGAAUGGAGACCCUCAGCGAGUUUUUAAUCUUUCAGAAACCACGGGGAUUCUCACGCUAGGGAAGGCGCUAGACAGGGAGAGCACAGACCGCUACAUCCUCAUCGUCACAGCCUCGGAUGGCAGGCCCGAUGGGACCUCCACUGCCACUGUGAACGUCGUGGUGACAGACGUCAAUGACAACGCUCCCGUGUUUGAUCCCUAUCUGCCCAGGAAUCUCUCCGUGCUGGAGGAGGAGGCCAAUGCCUUCGUGGGACAAGUGAGGGCAACAGAUCCAGAUGCUGGGAUCAACGGCCAAGUGCACUACAGCCUGGGUAACUUCAACAACCUCUUCCGCAUCACGUCCAAUGGGAGCAUUUACACAGCCGUGAAGCUGAACAGGGAAGUCAGGGACCACUAUGAACUGGUUGUUGUGGCAACGGAUGGAGCCGUGCACCCUCGGCAUUCAACUCUGACACUGUACAUCAAGGUGUUGGACAUUGAUGAUAACAGUCCUGUUUUUACCAAUUCAACAUACACAGUAGUUGUUGAAGAGAAUCUUCCAGCUGGGACCACCUUCCUUCAAAUAGAGGCCAAGGAUGUUGAUCUUGGAGCAAAUGUGUCGUAUCGGAUCAGAAGCCCUGAGGUGAAGCACCUUUUUGCACUUCAUCCAUUUACGGGAGAAUUGUCGCUUUUGAGGAGUUUGGAUUAUGAGGCCUUUCCUGACCAGGAAGCCAGCAUCACAUUCUUGGUGGAAGCCUUUGAUAUUUAUGGAACAAUGCCACCUGGAAUAGCGACAGUCACAGUAAUUGUAAAGGACAUGAAUGACUACCCUCCGGUAUUUAGUAAACGUAUCUACAAGGGGAUGGUGGCUCCAGAUGCUGUCAAAGGGACACCAAUCACGACCGUGUAUGCUGAAGAUGCAGACCCUCCUGGUUUGCCUGCAAGUCGGGUGAGGUAUCGAGUGGAUGAUGUGCAGUUUCCGUACCCUGCCAGCAUUUUUGAUGUAGAAGAAGAUUCUGGAAGAGUAAUAACUCGUGUCAAUCUUAAUGAAGAGCCUACAACCAUUUUUAAGCUGGUGGUUGUGGCUUUUGAUGAUGGCGAGCCUGUGAUGUCCAGCAGUGCCACCGUGAGAAUUCUCGUCUUACAUCCUGGAGAGAUCCCACGCUUCACCCAAGAGGAAUAUAGGCCUCCUCCUGUAAGUGAGCUUGCCACCAAAGGGACUGUAGUUGGUGUCAUUUCUGCCGCCGCUAUCAAUCAAAGCAUUGUGUACUCCAUUGUGGCAGGAAAUGAGGAAGAUAAGUUCGGAAUCAACAAUGUCACAGGGGUUAUCUACGUGAACGCACCACUGGAUUACGAAACACGGACCAGCUACGUGCUUCGGGUGCAAGCAGAUUCUCUGGAAGUGGUCCUCGCCAAUCUCCGGGUUCCUUCAAAAAGCAACACAGCUAAAGUGUACAUUGAGAUUCAGGAUGAAAACGAUCACCCCCCAGUGUUUCAGAAGAAAUUCUACAUUGGCGGUGUGUCUGAGGAUGCAAGGAUGUUUGCCUCUGUGCUCAAAGUGAAGGCUACCGACAGGGACACCGGAAACUAUAGUGCCAUGGCCUAUAGGCUCAUCAUACCGCCCAUUAAAGAGGGCAAAGAGGGAUUUGUGGUGGAAACAUACACCGGACUCCUCAAGACAGCCAUGCUCUUCCACAACAUGAGGAGAUCCUACUUCAAGUUCCAAGUGAUCGCAACUGACGACUACGGGAAGGGGUUGAGCGGGAAAGCGGACGUGCUGGUAUCAGUGGUCAAUCAACUGGAUAUGCAGGUCAUUGUCUCCAAUGUACCGCCUACGUUAGUGGAGAAGAAGAUCGAAGACCUCACAGAGAUUUUGGAUCGCUAUGUUCAGGAGCAAAUUCCUGGUGCCAAGGUUGUGGUAGAGUCCAUUGGUGCCCGUCGCCAUGGAGACGCGUUCUCCUUAGAAGACUACAGCAAGUGCGAUCUGACUGUCUAUGCCAUCGACCCCCAGACCAACAGAGCCAUCGACAGAAAUGAGCUUUUUAAAUUCCUGGAUGGCAAACUGCUCGAUAUCAAUAAAGACUUCCAACCUUAUUACGGGGAAGGAGGACGCAUUCUGGAGAUCCGGACUCCUGAGGCCGUGACGAGCAUCAAGAAGCGAGGGGAAAGCUUAGGGUACACGGAAGGGGCCUUGCUGGCUUUGGCCUUCAUCAUCAUCCUCUGCUGCAUCCCGGCCAUCUUGGUUGUCUUAGUGAGCUACCGACAACGCCAGGCUGAGUGCACCAAGACUGCAAGAAUCCAGUCUGCCAUGCCUGCAGCCAAGCCUGCAGCUCCCAUGCCUGCGGCACCACCACCACCACCUCCUCCAGGGCCACAUCUCUAUGAGGAACUGGGAGACAGCACCAUGUAUGAAAUGCCCCAGUAUGGAAGUCGCCGCCGACUGCUGCCACCUGCUGGCCAAGAGGAGUACGGUGAAGUCAUGGAAGAAGCGGAAGAGGAAUAUGAAGAGGAAGAGUGGGCAAGAAAAAGAAUGAUCAAGUUAGUGGUCGAUCGAGAAUAUGAAAGCAGCUCCACUGGGGAAGACAGUGCUCCUGAGUGUCAGAGAAGCUGUCCCCACAAGCCCGGUGGACACAGCAAGGUCAACGGCAACAUCUACAUCGCACAGAACGGCUCCGUGGUGAGAACUCGCCGUGCCUGCCUUGCUGAUAACUUGAAGGUCCCCUCCCCUGUGCCACUCGGGAGGCGUGUGAAGAAGUUAGACAAGUUGGCAGUGACACGUGAGGAGAAUGUGCCCUUGAACACACUGUUCAAGGGGCCAUUUCCUACAGAGAAAGUAAAAAGAACCCCGACUCUGGUCACAUUUGCCCCGUGCCCCGUGGUGGCCGAGCACUCGGCAGUGAAGCCAUCAGGGACCAGGCUGAAAAACACAGCCGAGCAGGAGUCCAUGGUAGACAGUAGGCUCUCCAGAGAAUCGAUGGAAUUCCACGGUGACAAUACGCCAUCGGAUGAGGAGGAGCUCUGGAUGGGCCCAUGGAACAGCCUCCAUAUACCAAUGACAAAACUCUGACCAAUAAAAAAAAAAACUUGGUUUUUACUUGUUUUUAAUGAACUGUGCUUUUUAUUGUCACAAAAAUCAACAUAUGGGGUUUAUAACAUGUGCACAAGCUAAUAUUUUGAACAAUAUGCUUUACAAUGAGAGAGAGAGAGAGAGAGAGAGAGAGAGAGAGAGAGAGAGAGAGAGAGGACAUUUGUAGCAGUUGUUAGCUCCAGAAAACCUUCAUAGACAGAUUCAAUUUGCUAAGUAGCAUAUCACUUAAAAGUUUAGCUAUUGGUUGGAUCUUGAAUUAGUUUUCAAUGUAAUAAAUAAGAAAUAGCAGUAAAUAUCAUUUAAUUUUUUGUUAACAUAUAUUGUGCUCCACUUCUAGAUUUUCAGCACAUGUAAUUUUAUUUUCUAUGGGACGAGGGACUUUUAUGGGUUUGAGAUUUAUACAGACACUGUCUGCACAUUGCUGACUUUAUAAAUGAAAAAUUGCCUUGCAAAGCAACAGUCCAUGUGGGAAUCGCUUGGAAGUUAUUUUUAAUCCAGGAGUUGCUUUACUUAUUAUCCACAAUGAAGUUUUAAAGAUUUUGAAGGAAUGGUUUUAGACGUUAGGAAGAACACUUGAGGUCAAGCUUUUUUAAAAAAAAUUAAUUAAAUAAAUAAUUUCCAGUUUUACCUGAUGCAUAUUUACAGAUGUCUGCACACAUUCUAACCACCCCAAAUAUAGCCAUGCCUACUGGUGUCUGCACACACUCUAGCCACCCCAAAUGUAGUCACACCUACUGGUGUCUGCACACACUCUAGCCACCCCAAAUGUAUUCACACCUACAAGUAUCUGCACACACUCCAUGCACCCCAAAUGUAUCCAUGCCUACAGGUGUCUGCACACACUCUAGCCACUCCAAACAUAGCGAAUAAUCUAACCACUUGAAAUUCAGCAACCAUUUGGAGCAACAUAGAAACCUUACUCACAGCUAAAGCUUACGGAGGAGUAGAGAGGAUCAAAUAGACAGUAAUGCUUCUGGAAGCCCGGAAGGUGGAUGGCAUGGCCAGGCAACAAAGUCUCGAUGUGACUAGGCAUGAAUAUUUUAGAAGCCCAGCACACAAGGAUGUAUCAGGGUCAUGGAUACAUGUAAUGUGUGAAAUGCAUAUAUAGUUUCAUUGCAUUGAUGCAUUUAACUUCUCCCAGCUCCAGUUUAUUUAUAGGUAAUUUUAAUGCACAUAUUUAUGUGCUAUGGCCCAAAGCCAGAAAAAUGAUUGUCUGCGUAUUUGUCUUAUCUUGUCUGCAAAUGUGUCUUCAUUUUCCACCUCAGAACAAAGCAUUGUGUUUUAUCAUUAAUGAAAGCUAAACAAAAUAUCCUUUAAAUAUCACCAUGUGUGUUGCAUAUUCUGCAGAAGUAGAAAGGAUGACCAAUGUAGGCUAAAAGAAUUCAGAAUUUUAAUGAGUAUGUCUUAGUGUGAUAUAGAUAUAGUUCAUUUCAAAUUUUACACAAGUUGACCAAGUUCAUAUUUCAAUUAAAUUCCCUCAGGCAUGCUUAUUAUGUGGUUAAAAAACUAAUUAGGACAUUCUUAUUCAUUUCCCUACCUGGGCCACAUUUUUAAAAGGUUUUAAAGUAUUAUUUUCAUAUUUGCAAGGUAAAGGAAUUAUAUUCACCAGCUUCUAUUUUCUGUGACUAGUGUGUUUCUAUUUCAGAUGUCUGAACAUAUUUGUUCCUGACAUCUCAUUUUAUUGGGAAUUAAUUCCCUUUUGUACCCUUAGAAAACCCAUCAGCAUUAAUAGUAAUGUAAGAAGUAUGGAAUCAGGCCUACCCUCGCAGGCUUACUAACAAGAAUGCAUCUUUCCACAGUAUCGAAGGCAGCUUGUGUGCAUACUGAAGGCUGUGAAGCAGUGAUGUAGUGCAGGCCUUAUUCAUCCAAGCGCCAAAGCAAUUGCUUGUGACAUACAGUGUUUUCAUAGCUCUCAGAUUAAGCAUUCAUAGUUCCCUAUUAGCAUAGUCAUUGAUCACUGGCUGUAAUUUAAUAUUUUCAUGCCAUUCCAUGGUGAUGUUUACUAGCCUCCGCUGAUAUUCUUUGUGCAUACAGCUCUGUGUAUUUUUUCUUCCUUUAGCUGCAGGCUGUAAAAUUUAACUUAUUUGUUGCUGUUGCUUUCGCGAUUGUUUGUUUGUUUGUUUCGAGCCAGAGUUUCUUAUCCUUUGGUAGGGAAGUUUAUAGUGUUUUAUGCUUUGGUUAUUGCUAUUGAAAAAAAAAACUUGGGGUUGUGGUAAGAUAUGAGCUGUAUGGGUCUCAGAAAAUUUCUGGACCAUCAUUAUGAACUAUGAGCAUAGUUCUGAAGACAGGGGUUUUUUUUGCCCAAGAUUAAUGCCCUAACAUGAUAGAAAACAUUGUAUUUUCAAGAUCUCAUUUUGUAAGACAAUAUGCAGCUAUUGAAACCCAGAGGCGUGCCUAUUUCAGCCCUUACAAGAUGAAGGUUUUGAUACAAAUGAUGACGAGGUUAGUCUAUUCCUGGGGUAAGAUAAUGAGCAGCCUUGAUAUGGAACAACCAAAUCAAAUAUUUGGCCGGUGUAGUAGGAGAAGAGAGACAGCACUAGAACCCUGGCUAAAUAGAGCUGGAUCAGUUGAAUUGUUGCAUUCACGAAGACUUUGAACAGCCCAUAAAAUCCUGACUUGUAAUUAAAACUGCCGAGCACAGGGGAAAUGCCUAGGUAUAUUUAAUCUUAAAAGAGUUAGCAUAGAUGGCAUUUCUGUGUAAGUGUGUGGAAGGAAAUUUGAGGCUGGUUUUACUGGAAGGGCAUAGCAAGUUCCUUCUGCUUUUGUUCUUAACACCAGCUUCCAAUAAGGCAAAAAGAAAAAGAAAAACACAAAAAACCCGCAGCUCCCAAAGAACCAACCUAAGCUGCAGAUACCAUCAAGUACUGUUGUGAAUCGUGACUUCAGAAGCUGUAGACAUGAAAGCCAAGAACUGAAGCAAUCGGUGUGGCAAGGUUUUGACCACUCGGUGACCAUUAGCUCCCCAUGUCCUGAGUCUCUAGAUUUCUUCUUCUCAUUGGUUGAAAAUCCCGAGAGCUGUCACAGAACUCCAAGUGAAGAGCAGCCCAAAGGACCUUCUUAAAGUUAAGGAACAAGCUUACCUUGAAGUUCCCACUGCCAGCAGUGAUGUGAAAACAUGUUGUUUGCCCUCUGCAGUUCUUCCUAACGAUUGCUGUAGCUACAAUCAAAACGUUGUUAAUGACAUUUAUUUAUCACAGAGCAAGAAAUCAUUGAACAUUGACUCGUGAACGAAGCCAUUGUCUUUCUUCCUUUCAUGGACCUUCUUUUAUCUCUGGUUCUGCUUUGUUCCUUGCUUGCACUUUACAUAGUAAGGAGAACUUACAGACUCCUUCAGUUCACUGGGGAAACAGGCUGAAUGUGCUAAGAAUCUAUUCUCAGGGCAGAUGCCUCCUGUGCCUAUCAGUACCACAGUGGUGCGUCUGAGGGGUGAGUUCAAAUAGUAUCCAGGACUCCAUUUCGUAUAGAAAGUUUCUCCCUAAUCAACGGUAAUAACAUGAAUUUUUUGCUGUAUUUCCCUUUUGUUUUAGCAUUAGUUGAUUCCAUUUACUUUUUAUUUCACUGAAGUCUAGUUUAAGUUUCUGGUAAGUUAAGCACAGGUAUGGAAAAUGUGGACAUCGUCUAGAGUUUAGAAAUUAUCAGGACAGUCACUGCUUUUCCGAUUUUUCAAAUACCUGUUCUUCCUUCAAUAUUUUGUUCCCAUAUGAGAAAAUCAAGUUUGAAGUCUGAGUUAAAGUACAUUGUUAUA